AUGUCAUCCUCAGAUGAUCCUAUACCCAACGAAUCUAGCUCGACAUGGUACCUCCACCACCUCGAUACCCACAUCCAACAAUCCAAACGUCAGAUCCUAGGGCAGAGAUCUAUCCUGGUUCCCAACAAACGGAAUCCUUUCCCUACCGUCGUUCCACCAUCCAAUACAGUGUGGACACCAGAAGAGAAAGAAUUAUUCUUCGCUUCGUUAAGUCGUCAUUCGCGAUAUCGCGUGGAUCUCAUCGCUAGUGAGCUCAAGACGAAGAACCAAGAUGAGAUCGAAUGGUAUCUUGAUUUGCUAGAGUUAGGCUCAGAGAUUGUAGGUCAGGUAGAUCGUAAACGACGUGAUGCAGGUCUGGAGAGAUUACGAUGGGAUGGAGUAAGGUCAUGGAGGAAAGGGUUAUCGCCUUCUGCUAGGGAAGUGAGCGAUAGCUGGAUAAAUAAAGAAGAAGUUUUGGCGGAGAAGGUGAUCAAGGAGAGAGAAGAGAGGGAUAAUGAAGAAAGAGAUGCAUUGAUGAAGAAGGAAAGGAGAGCUCAGAAGAAACAGCUGAUCGAUGAAAUAUCGCCUGUGGAAGAAUGGAAGAAAGAUAUCGAAUUGACACCGUACCUACGAAAUAAACUCAUAGAGAAUCAUCCAGCUUAUAAGAAGAUGAUCAACCAAUGGGAAGUUGAUGAUUACCUCAUGAAGAUGGAUGGUGAGAAGUUGACAGUGGUGAACAAUCUGAUGAAGCCCGAUUGGUCAACUUGGUAUUCUGAUCGCGUCAAAAUGGUAUCUACAUCAACAUCAACUCUAUCGCCUAAUAAGAAAAUGGUCUCACCGGAAGAUGAAGCGGAUGAAGAUGAUGGAGAAGAAGAAGAGGAAGAAGGCUCGGAGAUGAUUGGAGGCAUACCAACGAAAGGAGAUCCAAGAGGUAAAAUUACGAUAGAUCAACAGAAUUACAACGAAAUCAUCAACAUACCAAAGAAAGAACGAACCCCCGAACAAAGGAAAUUGUUGUCCAAGAUCAUCAACAGACGUAGAAAUAGAGAGAAGUAUAGGAUUCAGAAAUUGAUAGAGGAGGGAUUGACAAGGGAUGAGAUUGAUCUGGCAGGAGGGGCAGAUGCGAUCUUCCAAAGUAGAGAGCCGGUAACCCAAACUGAUAGCGAUCAAGCGCCAAAGAUACCUCAGAAGAGGAUUACAAAGCGGAAUGAUACGAAUGUACAGACUGCUCAUCUUAGGAGGAUAGGAACGUAUGAUCAUUUGAUGAUGAGUGGGUUGGAAGUAUUCAAUUAUGAGAUGAUUGAGCGAGUCAACAGACGACUGAACUUGACUGACCCACGAGGAAUGUCGUUCAGCGCACUUCAAGGCAUCCAUUCUCUCCUUGUCAAUCAACUUCGACGACUCAUCUAUUCCUCCAUACUCAUCGCUGAACAAUCAUACCUUCAACAUCCUUCAGACGACCACGAUGGACCUCUCCCCCAGAUCUCACCGGAACAUGUCCACCAAGCACUCCUCAAAGAAGGACUUGUACAUCCCUCUGAACUUAUUUUGGAAUUCAUAGAGCGAUUGUUCGAUAAUGAACCAAAUGAUAACCAGGAUGAACAAGACAUCGAAGUUGCGGAAGGCGAUAAUCAAGAUAAGGAAGAGGAAGAAGUUGGAGUUAGAAUUGGAAGAUACCACGCGGCCAUUCUACCCCCAGGUGAAAUUCAAUGGAAUGAUAUACCUUAUAUCUCAACUCACUCAAAUGAAGAAGAAGAGGAAGAUAGACAAGGAAUGUAUGACGAUAUCAGUGAUGCAGCAACUGAAAUUGAGGAUAAAGAGCUUGAUGAAGCGUUGUAUAAGAUGGAUGAAGCUCAUGAUAAGCAAUAUGAAAAAUCCUUAUGGGUUGCAGUAGAUGAUGGGAAUGAUGAUGUUGAUAGAAGUGAGAUUUGGACGAAAGAUAGAAAGAACGAGACCAAGUCUGAGAAAGAAUACAUAAACCUUCUUUUAUCUACUGACUCGGCACGUCGUAAGCGCAAACACAAAGAAAACAUCCAUCAGCGAUAUCCCACUACGCGAAUCAAAAAAUUGGCCAGAGCCAAUAAGAGGAUGAAGUCAAACGCUUGGAUCAUCGAUAGUGAUUCAGAUAGUAGUGAGGACGAAGGGAAUGGAUAUGUUUGGGAUCCGAAUGAAGGUGAUGUUGGGGAUGAUGAUGACGAGGUGACUGAUACGGACCAAGAGGAUGGCAGUUCUGAAGAUGAUGAGCUGGAUGGUGAGGACGAAGGGGAUGCAGGGGCGGAGGGAGAAGGGUUGGCUCAUGAGGAAGAGGAUGAAUUACGGGUGUAUGAAGAUGAAGAGGGAGAUGAACAUGAGGAUGAAGAGGAAGACGGGUACCAGGACGAAAAGGGAGAAGAGUGA